GCAGACAGGGAGGGGCAGGUGAGCGUGAGAAGGGAAAGACGAAAUCUCCCGUAAUUACCCACCUUGUGUUCGUGCCGCCUGAAGAAGCUUUGUGGGGCCUACCGUAAAUAUUAAGCUUCUCCACACACUUUCUCCACAGUGCUUCAGCCAGCAUUUAACACCUGAGGGGAAGUAACCAUCUCAUACGAUCACUUGGAGUUCAAAGGAUCUAAAAUAGCCACCUCUACACUGACCCAUCCCUCCAUCUUCACAUAAGUCCUCCCCCAUGAGAACUCUUUUCUGUCUGAAACCACAGCCAAAGAAAAUGGGCAUGCCAAUCAAGAUGCUCUAGAUGACUUAAAUAAGAUGCAGCUGUUGACUGCCCAACUCCUGCAUGAUUCAUGCGUCCUCCUGACAGGAUUUGUCGUUGCCUUGAUCUGUGUGGACUAAGCGGAUUCCUCUUAGCGGAACAGUGCCACAGAGAGUCAUGGCUACCACAAACCCUUUGGAGAACCUCCAGGUGGAAGCCAGCUGCUCCGUCUGCCUGGAGUACCUGAAAGACCCUGUGAUCAUUGAGUGCGGCCACAACUUUUGCCGGGCUUGCAUCACCCGCUGGUGGGAGGACUUGAACCGUGACUUUCCUUGCCCUGUCUGUCGCAAGACUUCCCGGCACCGCAUGCUGAAGCCCAACCGGCAGCUGGGCAACAUGGUAGAGAUAGCAAAGCAGUUGCAGGUCACCAACAAGCGCAAGGUGCGGGAUGAGAACUUGUGUGAGAAGCACAAUGAGGAGCUCCGCCUUUUCUGCAAGGACGAUCAGGAGGCUGUUUGCUUGGUGUGUGAGAUUUCCCAUGAGCACCGGUCCCACACGGUCGUGUCCUUGGAUGAUGCCUCCACGGAAUACAAGGAAAAGCUGCAGAAAUGCCUGGUGCCGCUGGAACGGAAGCUGCAGGACAUUGUUCACGGCAAAUCCCGGGAGGAAAAGAAGCCUGGAGAGCUUAAGCGAAAGGUCGAGAGCCGCCGACAGCUCAUCAUCAACGAGUUUGAGGAGCUGCACCAGUUCCUGGAGGAGGAGCAGCAGAUCCUUCUUUCGCGGCUGGAGGAUGAGGAGAAGGAGAUCCUGCAGAAGCUGAAGGAUAACGUGGCCCAGCUGUCGGAGCAGCGGCUCUCCCUCAACAACCUCAUCACGGAGAUCGAGGAGAAGUGCUUGCAGUCAGGCAUAGAGAUGCUCAAGGAUGUCAAGAACACUCUGGAAAGAUGUGAGGCGAUCCAAGCCCAAGAGCUGACUUUGAUUUCCAUCGAGCUGGAGAAGAAUUUCUGCAACUUCCCCAGACAGUACUUCAUCCUGCGCAAAAUCAUCAAAAAGCUGACAGGAAAUUUGACCCUUGACCCUGAAACGGCCCAUCCCAACCUUGUGCUCUCCGAGGACCGCAAGAGCGUCAAGUUUGUGGAGCAGCGUCUGCGAGAUCUGCCGGACAGCCCGAGGCGCUUCAGCGUGUACCCUUGCGUCUUGGCAACUGAAGGCUUCACCUCGGGCCGCCACUACUGGGAGGUGGAAGUGGGUGAAAAGACCCACUGGGCCUUGGGGGUUUGCAACGACUCUGUAAGCCGCAAAGGGGAGACGACUUCUCUGCCAGAGACUGGCUACUGGCGAGUGAGGCUGUUCAAUGGGGACAAGUAUGCAGCGACCACCACCCCGUUCACCCCACUCAAUGUCACUGUCAAACCCAAGCGAGUGGGCGUCUUCCUGGACUACGAGGCUGGCAAGCUGUCAUUCUACAAUGUGACAGACCGUUCCCAUAUCUAUACGUUUACUGACAACUUCACCGAGAAACUUUGGCCUCUCUUCUAUCCAGGGAUCCGUGCCGGCCGCAAGAAUGCUGCCCCCCUGAUCAUCAGGCCCCCCACGGACUGGGAGUGACCACAGAGUAGGAUUAGCCCUGACUUUCUCUACUUGGAAGGGGGUGGGAGAGGGAAACGGCUGCUUGGAGUCCCAGCAGUGUCACUCCAGCAGAUAAGGACAGAAAUGGCACCAGAAGGAAAUAUUGCAGAGGGUGUGCUCUCCAAAAAAAAGAAAAGUAAAACAUUGUAUUUUAGAUAUGGUCUAUUAAAAGAUUGACGGUA